GGGAUUUCCUCACUGUACUGAAGAUAGUUGGGAGCAAGUUCCUCUCUUUGCUUUUGGAGUAGUCAUGCUGCAGCAGAUUUUGCGUGAUAUGUAUAUCGACCCUGAGCUCCUGGCAGAGCUGAAUGAAGAGCAGAAGCAAAUCUUGUUUUACAAGAUGAGAGAAGAGCAGCUGAGGCGCUGGAAGGAGAGGGAAGAAAAAGCACGAAUGGAGGAGGCUAUGCUGACAAAAACAGCAAGGCGCAAACAAAGUAAUGGCAAACGUGUGCAGUGGCUGCGUGGGAAUGAUGGUGAGGUCUGGGUCUGGGUUAUGGGAGAAGCCCCGGGUGACAAGCCGUAUGAACAGAUAUCAGAGGAGCUAAUAGCUGAACGCGCCAGGCAACAAGCACAGAAGGAGGCAGAAGAGCUAUGGAGACAAAAAGAAGCUGAAAUCACAAAGAAAUUCCGGGAUGCUAUGGCUCAAGAAAAAGCCAGAAUAGUAGCAGAAAAGUGGAAAAUAGAAAUGGAAGAUCGAAAAGCAGCAAAAUUGGAGGAGGAAAAGAUUCAGGAGGAUCUGAAGAAAAGAGAAGAAGAGGAAAGACAAAAGGGUGAAGAACAAAUAAGGCAGCAGGAGGAAAUCCGAGCAAAAGAACUGUAUUUGAGCCUCAAGCAAGCUCAGCAGCACGGUCAACACAGUGAUGAUGACCACGAGUGGAAAGAACAGUUGCGCCGCUCCAAAGCUGCGGAUGAGGAAAGGAGCCACAAAGCACGCAGAGCGCGGGACGAAUACCGGCGGCAAUCCUUGCGGGCCAUCCAGAAGGGCAGAGUGGCUGAUCUGAGUAAUUUGUUCCAGGGAACCGGCCUGAAUAACGAUCAGGAGACAAAACUGAACAGCAGCAGUGAGAGUCCUUUGCUGUCUCACUCUGUGGCAUCCAGUAAAAUCUGGGAACGUCCUUCUCGACCCUUUUCAAGAGAAGUCAUCAUUCGCUGGUUCAAAGAAGAGCAGGUCCCUCGACGUGCUGGGUUUGAGAGGAACACCAACAGGAUUGCUCAGUGGUUUCAUGGUAUUAUUAGCCGCCAGGAGGCAGAAGAGCUGCUGAUGAAUAAAUCUGAAGGAACGUUCCUGGUGCGAGUCAGUGAGAAAAUCUGGGGCUACGCAUUGUCUUAUCGCCAACAAAGUGGGUUCAAACACUUCUUGGUUGAUGCUUCGGGGGAUUUCUACAGCUUCUUGGGGGUAGAUCCAAACCGACAUGCAACACUGACAGAUCUUAUUGAUUUUCACAAGGAAGAAAUCAUCACAUCCUCAGGUGGGGAGCUGCUACUGGAGCCAUGUGGACAGCAGAAGAAUCCACCAGACUAUAGCCCUUUAUUUGAGUAACCAGGACUCAUAGGAAUGGAUAGGUUCUGGAUAGCUGCAGUAAUAAUAGAUAGCCACAAAAGUAAACACCGAAAAGUAAUUAACAGACUGUCUAAGCCACUGGUCUUGUGGCCAAAGAGUAUCCUCAUUAGAAGACCUCAAAUACUUCUGUUUCACGUGUGAAGUAUCAACAUUAUUCAUAUUGCAAGCAUUUUAAAGAUGAAAAACUACUGACAGAUUACAGAUGAGGACUAUUUCAAGAAAUUUUUAAAAGGUUGUGGCCAAUUGUAGUGAAAGCUAAGUUGCUGUCUUAAUUUUCUUGAUGUUUAAGAUGGAAAAUGCAAAAUCAUAUACUUUUAACAGAUUGAAGUAUGUCUGGGAACUAUUCGUCGAGCAUUGUGUAAUGUACCAAUACUGUUGAACAAGCUCUUUUUUCCAAAGCAAAAUUUGUCAGUUUCUAUUGAUGAUCUCUUCACUCAAUUCUACACUUUCAGAAACAAGAGAUGCAGUCCUAAAAUGUCCUUUUCCAGCUUGUCAUUGCUCAAAUGUUUAGAUAGAGCUGGAAUCUUGCUAUCGUGCUUUUCAAUACAGACUGACAAAGUUCGCUGCAGCAGAGACAGUCGGAACAGUCAUUCUCAUUCUAUUGACCAUUCCAAGCAGUUGAGAUGCCUUGGAAGGAAUUCUCCUGUACAGAAAAUGGUCAGUUUAGAAUAAACUCAUUGUUCUAGUAACUACUGUUUGAUUUGUAGCAACAACCACAACUCAUACUGACCUUGUGAUAUUUAGGUUUUUUUUUGUGCUGCACAAGAUACAUGCUGGAGAUUCCUACUUUUACUUUGCUCUAGUACUAGGUAUCUUCCUUGGCUGAGCUGUAAGUGGUUACUGUAACACCUCAUAACAAAUCAGUUCAGGAAAUGCAGUAGCUGGAGAUGCUCUUAGUGUACAGUUCUUAAGACAACUGGACUUUACACAGCAACUGAGUUCUCUGAGAUAGGACAUUCUUUAGCUGUGGCUGAUACCUUGAGAUAACAAGUGACUUGGAAGCUAGAUAAAUGGCCAAGAUACCCAACGUGUCUUGGAUUUUUUUUUAAGCAUGCUCCUCGACAGAUUACCAGGAUCUGGAUCCUCAAAAUGGAAUAUAGCUCUGCAAUUCGGAAUGUAGACUUCAUUAACUCCUCUAGUACAAUGUAUGAUCUCUGCUAAAUGAGAAGCCUGGUGUGUCUGAUCUGGGACCACAGUGCACCAGUGGCCCUUAGCUCAGCUACCAGAACACGGAGCUCACUCAACACAGUGGUGAUUCACUGUGCAUUUCAAAUAUGGUAAAUAUAAAAGCCAUCACAGAAAGCUGCCUUCCCCUCCACCCUCAAUAGAACAUUUAGCAAGAGCUAUCCAAACCCUCCAAAGAGCUCCCAUAUCUGCUAGCUGCUUUCUUACCUUUCAGAGGUAAGUAUCCAUACUUGUAAGUAUCCACACUAACCUCUGAGGCCAGAAUGUUGAAGAAAGGAAUUCACAUUCACAGAGACUGUUGAGAAUAGUUCAAUCUAUUUCCAAUCAAACAGUUCUCAGCAUGUUACCUUUAUUUAUUUGUUUGUUUGUUUAUUUUAGGGAUAAGAAGGCUUGGGCAUGUAGGUUUCUAUCUUAUGUGUCCUGUUCUGAUGAAGUUAACAUCAUACCAGCAUCAUCAUUUUCUCUUUGGACUACAUUUCCUAAGUUUCCUCAGUUUUGUUCAUUUCUCUGCUGAUUCCAUCCAAUUUUCAUUCUAGGUUUUACCUGGCUUUCAAAUAAAUUUCUUUUAAGUUUCUCUGCAAAUGAAAUUGCUGUCUAGAAAACUGCAGUUUCAUCUGAGAAGUUUAUUAGGCUAAUAAAUGUCAGAAUUCUUGAAUAAAGGAAUUGCUUUUUUUCCGUAGCUUCACAGAAACAGUGAAAAACAACCAGCCAAUUCAUAGAGUAUCAGCAAAGAAAAACUCAACGAUAUAUAACCAGAAGCUGCAGCAGCAAUGAAAUAGAGUGCAACUUGGCUGAAGAUAAAUUUUGAAAGAAACAAAGGGAAGUGAUAGCAAGGAGAAAUUAAGAACAGAAGCUUUCCUUGGUAGAGAUGUGCAGUUGCUGUCAAUACACUGGGGGACUUUGGGUGAAGUGCGAGAAUGGGAUGAUUUCUGUGCUUAUCCCAUUGUUUUGGAAGUGUUUUGGAUUUUUGCUGCCCUUGGAGGAAGCGUAGGCACUGCUCCCUCCCCUUUAAACGCUGCCCUUUUUCUCUGCAGGUUUCAGGGCUUUCAACAACAAGUUGAGUUUGAGCUCAGUGUACCUUUCACAAGAGUUGACCUGGUCCAUUUCAAAGGCUUGAGCGCUGUAUCUCCUCUGUCUUGUCUACCUCUACAUUUACUGUUUUCUGUAGCUGUUCAUCUCCGUGUAUAACAUUUUUUCCACUGCUGCAGUUUCAUUGUCUAGAAUGGGCAGUUUUAUUCUUCUAUGCAGUGACCUUCAAGCCUUGCUUUUUGAUCUGUUUUUCUAUCAGUAGCUAUUAUUGGGUCAUAAGAGGUAGGUGUUGUGGAUUUUCAUUAUAAAAUUUCCAGGCAAUUUUUUUUUUGUCAGUGAGACCGCUGGGAAUAUGAUAAGAGACCUACUAUGGUAAUUCUGUUUCACAGGGAAAUGCUACAGCAAUAAGAAAAACUUUUAAACACUUCUCUUUAUGUCUGUUUCAUAGCAAUAAAAAAAAAAAAAAAAAAAGACAUGCAAGUUCCCAUGCUUACUUGCACAUAUCUUUGAAAAAGCAGCUCCUGAGGAUUUAUUCUUGCUUUUCCUUGGAUCCACAGAUGCAUUUGUUCUUUCUAAUUUUGUUUUAAUCUGUUGUAUGUGCAUACAGACAUUUCUAAUUUGCUAUUGAUGUUUCCUCUAAAGAAGAGCAAAAAUCAAGCAAAGGAAUUGUCAGUAGUCAUGGAUGAGAUUUUCAAGACUCCUCAAAGAAUAUAGGUGGCAGUCUAGUAUCUCUUCUAAUUGCUGUAAUGAAAUAACUAUCUAGAAUGAGUGUAUUUACAUAUUGCUACUUGUGUAAAAGUAUAAUCCAAACUAGCUAUUAAGUUCUGAGUCCUUCUUGUGCUGAUUAAGUGUUGAACAAAAGAUAUCUCCUGCCUCAACAGAUAACUACGUAAAAAUGUUAGCUGAAGUGGAGAUAAGUUUCGGACUUAAUGAGUAGAAACUGUUCCUAAACACCAUGAAUUCAGAGUGAGAAUUCCCACUAGAUUUCAAUGGCUUUGAAUCAAAAUAAAGCAUGUUUCUCUGCUGAAGUGAACCAGGGUUAACACGCUGACUACAGUAAAACAAUUCAGUUUUUAGAACUAGAGAUAUGCUUCUGUUCAUUCUCCUAAGUCCCCACGAGCAUGGCUCAAGAGCAUAAAUGGAGUUAGACCGUAUUUCACUGCAGUCUGAAUUCUUGUCUUUACUUAAUGCAACAAAACAAACUUGAUCUCAAGUGAAAAAGGACAGUUUACAAUGAGAUACAUUUUUCUUAUCUAUGAGUGAAUUUAUUUGCAUCAUAUACACGUUUGAGUCUGUUUUUCGAUGAUUUUCAAGGACUGACUUUAUUUUCUGUCUUAUUAUGCCUUUGCUUUAAGAUUUCUUUUUCCAUUCUCGAGAGAAUGGGGUUAGUGACCUCUGUGAAGUAAUAAUGUGUCCCUGGCUGGGCUAUCAGUUGCAGAAUGAUGUGUUUGCACUUGACCAGAUGUUUGAUUUGUGUUUCCUGAGAUGAAUCUUCUGACAUACUGUCUGAUGAUAAUGAUACUUAAUUGAUUUUUAUAGCUAAUUUCUUGCCACGCAAGUGCUGCAUGAAACCUCUUCAAAUAUUUGUUUACUGCUAGCAAUUAGUCCUGUAGCUUGUACAUUUACAUUAUGACCCGUAGCUAAUGCAAAUUUUCUACUAGGCUGGAGCCUUCAGUGAAUUUUGUUUCUACUGUCUUGGAAUUUCUUCCAGUAGUUUUAAAUUAAGGUAACAUUUUAUAGUAUCUUUAUUAAACAUUGAUAUUUGAUUUUUCUUAUGGAGAAUAAAUCAUGUUAAAAGAG